AUGGAGAGAGAUUUGGAGGAAGGAAAAGAGAUAAAUUGGGAAAAGAUUUCAAGGCUAAGGAAGCCUUAUCUGGCAGCCUUGGGCGGACAGUGGGACGUCAUGAAAAGCUUCUUCGAGAAAAAUCGCGCGCAACUCUGUUCUCAGAUGACAGUAGAAGAGGACACUGCGUUUCAUAUUGCAGCAUACAGUGAAGAAAAGGAACUGCUUCAACAUUUGGUUAACUUACUACCAGCCACCUCUAGUUUGUUCGACGCCUUAAUUAAACAAGAAGAACCAACAUGGUAAUAAUACUUUUCACGAGGUGGCCGCGACUGACAGAGUUAAAACAGCAAAUUUCUUGGUUGGAAAACUCCAAGAGCCAUCUCAACUCUAUUCAGGCGAAGGCACACUAGAAGAUCUUCUCAAGGCUGAAAACAAUCUGGGUGAAACCCCGAUAUAUAGGGCCGUUGCCCUCGGUCAGACAAAAAUGGCCAAAUAUUUGGCUACUAAAGUUGGGGAUUUAAGUUCUCACUUUCGAAGAAGAAAAGACAAAAUGUCCAUUCUCCAUAUUGCUGUCAUAGGCCAACACUUUGGUCUCUCUGAUCUCUCUUACUGUCUUACUUUCAAAUUGUUGAACGUUUAAAUAACAAACUUUAGUACACAUAAUUUUUCUACAUAUACAAAUAGCAUGCUUUAACAUGCUCUAUCUUUCAAAUGCAGACGCCGCUAUAUGGCUACUGAGAAAGGACAGGGAACUUGCAAAAAAGGAGGAACAAAAUGGCCUGACAUGUCUUCACCUGCUAGCGAAAAUGCCACAUGUUUUCAGAAGUUAUUCGGAAUAUACCUACAUGGCCAAACUGAAGAAAUUCCUCUAUUAUUGCCUUCCUAGUCAGUUCGAGGAUGAUGACGUUUCUGAUGAUGCAAUUUUAAUUAAAAGAUACAGAGCUAUGUGGAGGGCCAUAGCUAAAGGAUGGCCGGCUAUCGAUAAACUCUGGAAGAUGAAGAGAAUGCAUUCAUCAGCUUCAGAACUCACCGAGUUGCUAGUAGAGGCAGAUUAUACGUGGAAGGAUUUUUCUCACGAAUUAAAUAAUGAAGCCACUAUUUCCUUAGAGAAAGUAGACACCUCUGUUGACAAAGAUAGAGGCGAUUUCCUCUAUCUUUGUCAAAAGAUGUUUGACCUUGUUCGCGAACAAGGUCAAACAUCUGGUACAAAGGAAGUGGGAGGAGAAGGCACAUCCAAGGGACAACCCACUGAAAGAAAUCAUCAGAAAUCUUACCACCCAUUGCUUGAAGCAGCCAGCAAUGGCAUAGUAGAAAUAUUUGACAAGAUGACUGAAUCGUAUCCACAGGUAAUUGAGUACAUCAAUGACGAUGAGAAAAACAUAUUGCAUGUGGCCACUGGCCACCGUCAGUGGGAUAUAUUUCAUCGGGGUAAAGAAGAUGAAAGUGAUAAUGAAAUGUAGAUUGGCUUCACGGAUUGAUAAGAAUGGCAACACCCUAUUGCAUCAUGUUGCAGAAGGGAAGAGAUAUUAUGGGAGAGAGUCAAGAGAACAAGCUGCAGGUCCUGCUUUCCAAUUGCAAGAGGAAUUGAGUUGGCUUAAGCACGUGCGGAAUAUAAUUCCCUCCCAUUAUAUUAUUCACUGCAACAAUAAAGGUAAGACUGCAGACGAGUUAUUUCAAGAAACACAUGCUGGCCUUCUCGAGCUGGCACAAAAGUGGAUAAAGGACACCUCUCAAUCGUGCUCUGCAGUUUCUGUCCUUGUUGCCACUGUAGUUUUCGCUGCUGCCUACACCGUCCCUGGAGGUAACGAUGCUUCAGGCCGUCCUAAUUUCAUCGACUCUCCAUUCUUCGUCCUCUUCACCAUCAUGGAUGUUAUUUCCCUUGCGUGCUCCUUGACUUCUGUUGUCAUGUUCCUCUCCAUCCUCUCGUCUCCAUUUGAGUAUGAAAAUUUCAAGGCAUCUCUCCCUCGGAAGUUACUAAUAGGCUUCACAUUGCUCUUCUUCUCCGUGACAACGACCACGCUUUCUUUUGCAGCAACUAUUUUUCUCCUCCUUCAUUUUCAAAAGAAAGCUUGGACUAAAACUCUGAUUUAUACUGCUGCAUUCCUUCCUGUCUCUGUGUUUGCGCUUAUGCAGUUCCCGUUGUAUGCUGCAUUCAACAAAUUAUUGCACACCCUUACCAAGAAAAUAAAGAAGAAGGUAUAUCCCGAAAAAUUCCUUCCUCCUUACUUGAGGACCAAGAAGCUCAAUAAACUCUCAUGAGAAUAGGCUUUUGGAUUUUGACUAUAAGGCGGCGUUCAUUUUGUUCCCAUCAUUCACCAAAUGUCAAAGGCCUGUUAUCAUAAUGUAUUGACAUUAAUCUAUAUGUAAUAAGACAACGAGAAGUUAGAUAUUUCUCUUCAGUGUGCUUUGAUUUGUGAUAAAGAAACUUCAUUUACGGUAGCGAAACCAAGAA